CAGUUCGUUAAAAAUAAAAAUAAAAAAUAAACUCAUUAAAAAUAGCGACAAACGCGAAUUACAAAAAUCAUUCUAAAAAUACAUCAAUUUGAUAUUACGGAAUAUUUACAAGUUACCGGGUAACAGUUCACAAACGUAUGUUGAGUGUGAGUCAGUUGCUGCGAUCGUGUUUACAUAUUUUGUGCGCGCUGAUUACGUGCCGGAUAAUUAAAAAAAAAACGACAACGUCGUCACAUCCAUAAAUGAUUUUUCGCGGUCAAUGUAAAUUGUGUCGUGCAAUUUCGAAAUUUACAUGACUGGUCGUUGAGCGAGAGAGAGAGAGAGAGAAACAGGAAAAAAUUCCUUUUUUUUCUGGAAGUGGUUGACUAUGCAUUUAAGUCACUCAUAUUGAUUGAACCGAAGAAUAUCACAGCGAAUCUAUUGAGACGUUUGAAGAAAUUGCAAUUUAUUGCAUUAAGCCAAUAAAAUGCAGGCGGUCGUUGGUGAUGUGAGAAAGGGCGAUGCAGCGAAUUUCUUUCAGCUGGCAUACGAACUGGAGAAAUCAUUGCAAAAUGUGGACCAAGAACAAUUGAUGUACGGUGAAGAGGGAACGUGUACUUUGUGCUCGAAAACGUUUGCCAGAAAAUCAUCGUUACUAACUCAUAUUCGGAAUCACACAGCUGAACGAAAAUACCAGUGUCCAACUUGUCAAAAAACAUUCACACAAGCGGCCAAUCUACGGAAUCACGAACGAAUCCAUUCACAAGUGCGUCCGUAUGUAUGUGGCGAUUGUGGCAAAGCAUUCACGCAAAUCACAAAUUUGAAUAAUCAUCGUCGAUUGCAUACUGGCGAGCGUCCGUUCGUUUGUAUUGAGCCUGAAUGCGGCCGAUCAUUUGCACAAGUUACUAAUUUGAAUAACCACAUGAAAUCUCACCACAAAAUCCAGCAAUAUGUUUGCAAUCAGUGUCCGCGUCGUUUUACGCAAGUGACUUCAUUAAAUCAACAUCUUCUAUUGCAUAGCGGUUUUAGUGGUUUGGUGUGUCCUCAAUGUCCCGAUAAAACGUUCAAGCAACAAAAUCAAUUGCAACAACAUAUGAAAUCGCAUGGUUUAAGUUUUCCUUUCGAAUGUACAAAAUGCGAUGAAAAAUUCUUGCAGGCAGCACAUUUCAAUCAGCAUUUGGCAUUGCAUGAAGAAUUCAAAUUCCGAUGUACAAUGUGUUCGAGCAGUUUCAAUCAGGAAGCAUUGCUGAAAAAACACAUGCAACGACACAUUGACGGUCGUUAUCAUCAAUGUCCCGAAUGUUCAAAAGGAUUUACGCUAAAAAAUCAACUAAAUAAGCACAUACAAUUGGAGCAUGCAAGCAGCGAGGCAGCUCGUUUGUUGAAUAAAAAACGCACAUCAACCGUUGCCGGCAAAUUCAAUUGCUACUUUGAUAAUUGUGAUGCUUAUUUUGACACAAACGAUUUGCUGAACACGCAUUUGAAUAAUGUCCAUGGAUUGGCACUAAUUAAAAGUCAAAAUGCUGGCACCGUCAAUCAGGAAGGUGGCCAUGGUGGUGGUGGUGGUGGCGGAGGCGGCGGAGGUGGCCGCAGCAAAAAGCAAAAGGCACAGUCUCAUGCACAAAAUAUGUUUGCCGAGCAGCUAAAGAUUAAGGAAGAAGAAUCGCAUCAUCAUGUCCAACAGCAGCACGUACCGUUAUCCUUGCCGCUUGGAAUUUCGUUACCAUUACCGCCAUUUAUGAAUGGCAAUGGUUCGUUACAGGCACAAAAUCAACAUAUGCCACAAAUGAACGUUAUGUUACAGCAUGCCCAUCAACAGGUACAGCAGCACAUUCAACAACAACAACAGCAGCAGCAACAACAACAACAACAACAUCAUCCGCAAAAUCACGCUCAUGCCAUAAACAUAUCGAAAGAGAAAAACAAGUGCCACGAAUGUAAUAUUAUCUAUUCAAAUGAAACCGAUUACAAGGUUCACAUGUACUACAAACACUUCACAAAUGCCAAUAAAAUGUAAACCCGAUCGAUGGAGCACAGCUAUUUUGUCUUUCGUUUUAACGAAAACCAAGAAUUAUCGAAGAAGCGCGCACUCUUUCAUUUCCGACGAUCGAUUUUGUUGCUGAUUGAUUUAUGAUACCGAUCCGAUCGUCAAUCAAUGAAGAGACAUUGUUUCACAGCACCUACUUUUCACAAGUCUCUAAUUCACACUCAUACACAGACGGACGAAGUGAAAUUGAAUUAAUCAGUUCUUUUUUUCUGUUUCAGUGGUUAACACAAAAUUAUUAUUAUUAUCAUAUAUUUCGGUCGAUUCAGAGAAGAAUACAGAAGAGAAUGCCAACCAAACGAAUUUAUCUUUUUUUUGUGAUCUCCUCAAAAUUAUUUAAAGCUAAAAAUGGCAUAACAUUUUUGGCAAAAACACAUUUAUACAUUGUUUGAAUAGCAUGGCGGCCAUAAAUUUAAAAAAUAUACAUGGCGACAUUUUGGCAUUAAUUUUUAUUUAACACUUUUGGUUCAAAAUUGUCAAAACAAUUUUUUAACCGCGGCAUUUUCUAUACGUACUGUCUCACUUUGAAUCACUCAGGCAUUUAUAUUUAAGAAAAUCAUACUUCAAACCACUGAAACAAUUGAGUAAUUAGAAAAAUGUAGACCAUUUGAUUUAAUUGCAAUUGAUAAGAAUUAUACAAACAGAAAACACACAAAAAACAUGAACAACAAAUAACGAUUUAGAAAACAAAAAUGAAUAAAAACAGCCCAAAUAUCAGGCUUCAUUUUAAAUGGCAUAUUUGAAAACUGGAAACAGUUUUGCAAUCACUGAUGUGAUUGGUGCAAAUGUAUCUAUAAGAAAAAUGAAAAUUGACGUUAUAACAUUGAAAUUUACAAAAAAAA